AUGGGAAUGGUUUAUGCAGAUAUGGGCUCCCUUUCACUUAGUUCCAACUAUGGCGUUGUUUCAUCUGUUUCUUCUCAGGAGAGUAGCUAUAUCUCAAAGCUUUCUGAAGUGGAAAAUGGGAGGGGGUUUUGGGGUUUUCCUCCUAUGGGGAACUGCAACAACAGAAGCUCUGAGGACUACCACCACAACACUGACAUUGGUGAUGGUAAGGGCUCAGAUAGCAGCAGUGAUCACGAGAGUGGGGAAAAUAAUCAGACUUGUAUGAAUGAUCAGAAAGCCAAACUAAUAAACCAUGAGAAGUACCCUAAUGAGAAUGUGGUGAUUGGUGGGAAGGAAACAGAAAGUGGGCAGUCAAAACAUUGUGCCAGAGGGCAUUGGAGGCCUGCAGAAGAUUCCAAGCUCAAGGAACUUGUCGCUCUUUAUGGCCCUCAGAAUUGGAACCUCAUAGCAGAGAAGUUGGAAGGAAGAUCAGGUAAGAGCUGUAGACUAAGAUGGUUUAACCAGUUGGACCCAAGGAUCAACAGAAGAGCUUUUACUGAAGAAGAAGAAGAUAGACUAAUGCAAGCUCAUAGAGUAUAUGGAAACAAAUGGGCCAUGAUAGCUAGGCUCUUUCCUGGAAGAACUGAUAAUGCUGUCAAGAACCAUUGGCAUGUUAUAAUGGCCAGGAAGUACAGAGAACAAUCCAGUGCUUACAGGAGGAGGAAGCUCAGUCAAACUGUUUACAGAAGAAUGGAGGAAGAUCCAAGCUUCAAUGUCUCAAGGAGUACAGAGCCUCCAUCUUACUGUACUCUCAAUCUCCCCCCAAAUGGAGGUCUCAGCAAUAGCACUUUAUCUCCUUUCCCAUAUGGAACAAGCUACAAUGGUGUUGUUGGUUGUGGGGUUGACUAUUAUGGCUCAAAUGGCUCACCCAACAUGACCAGUGCGGAAGAAGAAGAAACAAUCCCAAGCAAAAAAGUCCUUCCUUUCGAAUUCUUCCCUGGUACCAAGAGCAAUGAGGGGGUGAUGGGGAUGGUGAGCCAGAGCAGAUCUUGGGAUAGUUCAAGUGAUAUUGAAGGUCAUUUAUGUAACUUGCAUCCUCACCAUCAACCAUACAUGAUGGCAAUGCAACAGGCAAACUACCACAACCUUCUUCACAGUUACUCAGAUUCAUCAAUACCAGCAUCACCACGUCAAGUUUCAGCCGGCAAACCCUCACCAUCAGCUGCUGCUGCUGCAGAUGAGGACAGAGUUGGUGGCAGCCACCAUGAGACCCUUCCACCACCAUUCAUUGAUUUUCUUGGGGUAGGAGCCACAUGA